GUAAAAUGCUUUUUUUCAAAAAUAAAAAUACAAGGCUAUCUGGAUCAAGCCCAUAACCAGUCCGCUUGCUUUCAACCUCUGAUCUGAAUCUAACCAAGGACACGUGAACUUAGCAGCUGAUUUCUUCAUCAGCGGCUUCUCAGUGCAUUUCAUGGAUGAAACCGACUUUCGUCAACAAAUACAAGUAUACACCUAAAUUUUCGUUUCGUUGAACCAUGUCUUCUUCUUCUACCGGUGGAUUGUUCCGACGUUCCUCCUUACCGACUACUAAUCCCGCGACCUCUGACAGUCAGGAAUCUACUCCAGGAACGCCAGUUCCUUCGGGUGGACAGAAGAGCAAAAAGGAAUGUUUUGUUUUUGAACCGCAGCAGUGGCGGCGGACUGUGUGUAAAAACUGCUUCCGAACACAACCAGAACAUAGACUGUCGACAGGAAAGGACGAUGGUCCCGGUGGGCCGAAUGUGGUUCUUCGACGGACAGAUAGUAUACCGUCUCAGUCAUCCAAUCCGACCGCUACACAGCACGCUCAAUCCGAUGUUGGCGCGGAUUCGACCAGCAGGCAUUCAGAACACAAAACCGCCACUGGGCGGGAUAACGGUCGUAACGGAACUGCCUCAUCCGGAAAUGCGGCGCGUGCAACGGCUCGUAAGCUGGCAUCUGGACAGAGAGUGGGCGAUGAACAUCGUUCUCAAACCAGUACUAUCGGCGAAUCACGACGCACAGGGACCAACAGCUCCGGGACAUCAGCCAGCACCGCCACUGGUAUCUACUCCUCUGCCUCCAGUAUUGAUGCCCGAUAUAUUGAAGAGUUGGAGAAUGACUUUUUUGCCCUCGAAGACAAACACGAUGCUCUGCUGCGGGAACGAGAACUGCUUGCUUCGGAGCUGGAGACAAAAGUACGAAUGGUGGCCGACUUACAAUCCACACUAGAACAAUAUCGAGAAAAGGUAACGCUACUCGAACGGCGCUGCAUACAUAUGGAAGAAGAGAUCAAAAGUUAUCGCGAACGCCUUCGUUUACCAGAAAGCGAUCAGAGCCCACCUUCACACGACCGCCUGCCUACAGACGGGCAGGGUGACGGCACAUCGAAUGGAGCAGGAAUGGGUGACUUGGCCUGCAGCGGUGAGCUGCAACAACGUCUGAACGAGGUGGAACAGCUGUGCCAAGAGGUGAUGGAGGAGAACGAACAGCUCAAAGAAGAGGUUGAAGAAAUGCAGCGCGAGAUAGAGGAAAUGCACGAUCAUUUUCAGGAGGACGAUAGAGAUGCUAUGCGGGAGCUUCAACGUGACCUUGAAGCAGCAAACAAGACAUGUCGCAUACUUCAGUUCAAACUACGCAAAGCAGAACGUCGCUUUGAGCAAUGCGAGUCGGAAAGGGCGAAUCUGGAAGAACGAUUGGCGCGGCUAGAGGCCGAAUUGUACAGUGAAGCAGACGUAGCCCACAUUAGAAAUCUUGAGGAGGAGAUUCGAGUGGCCAAAGAAGUUGGCGUUCGCCUAAACAAUGAACUGGACAUUUUGGAUGAAAAACGUGCAUUCUACGAACAGGAGAACCACCAGUUGAAAGAAGAGCUCCAAGCUUGUCACAAUCGGCGGAUUGCGGUGGAAAAUGAACUCGGACGGCUAAAACUUGAAGCUGAAAAACUCAAAGCCGAACAGGGUAUCCUUGAUAAAGGCCCCUUGCAAGUUACGGACCGAAGUAGAUCCCGACAAACAAACUCAAGACCCUCCCUUUCUCGCGAAGCAUCUUUUGAGGAGCAACAACUCCAGCGGGAACUGGAUGCCUCUAGGGAAAGGGAAACGGACCUGUCAGAACAACUGCGUUUCGCAGAGGAAGAAGUCAGAAAAAUGAAACGGCGUGUUAAAGAAUCACAAGUUGAGAAUGAAUUGCUUUCGAAGAAGCUGGAGCGACUUUACACUACUCAGCCAAAGGAUCCCUUCCAGUUCGGUCAGACGGUUCGUUCAGCCUCUGCUGGAGCUCAGCCACGAACCCCCAGCGAAUCAUCUCAGACACCUGACAAUACCGCUGGAGAUGGUUCAGUUGGAAACGGGAUGAAAUCAUCACCAGGCCAAAUGGAAACAGAGUUAACGGCUACCCGGCGACAGUUGAACUUGGUUGAAGAAGAAAACCUGGGAUUACGGCGCAAAAUUCUCGCUUAUGAACGCGACCUAACAGCAGCCCAGGGGAGGUUACAGCGCACAGGACCUAGCCGUAUUACUGGGUCCCCACAGUUAGAUUCACAGGAACUAGACAGUUUGCGGAAUCAACUUAACUUGAUUCAAGAUCAUCUCGCACGUAUGGAACACGAAAGAGAUCGGCUAGAAAGCGAAAACCAAAGGCUCAGAUGCACAGAAGGAGACAGCCGACGUUCUACUGUGGACAGCAGUGCUGGAAUGGAAGCUUUGGUACGAGAGAAUGAAGCGAUUAAGAGCAAGCUGAAGGAAGGAGACAGGCGACUACGUCACCUUGCACGUGAAGUUGCUCUCAUUGGAUCAAUCGAACGGGACCAUGAGUGGAUAGAAAAAUACAAUGAUGCGAGAGAAACCAUAAAAGAACAGGAAAUACAGCUUUCUCGAUCGAAGAAACGUGUGGCCGAAUUGCAAGAUGAAAACGCACGUUUACGCGCCGAUGAACGAAAAGUAGAACAACGCUCACGGAGGGCGCAAGAGAAGGGUAGUUCCACUCCACACAUGAGUCGAGAAGCACUGGCUCACGAGAUCAAAUCUUUAGAAGAAGAGCUGGACGAGGUGACAGCCGACUUGACUGCCGCCCGAGAACAGGCCUGCACGGCCCAACUACGCGUGACCUACCUCGAAGACAAUAAUAAUGAACUACGUGCCGAGGCAGAACGACGAGAACGUGAACUGGUUUCCUACAUCUUCCACUUGGAGAACAAGAAUCAAGUCCUGACAAACCUGUUGAACAUUCUCCAAGAUCGAUCCGAUGGGCUACAAAAUGAAUUGGAUCGACUGCUGAAUCCUAGACCCCCGGAAGAGUUUAUGGAAGCCAGUCAAGCGAGUGGAAUCAGUACAGCCAGCAUGGGGAGUGAUGACGUUUUCGGCGAGCAGACUGAGGGAAACAAGAAUGACAUAGAGCGUCAACUCCGAUCCAGGAUUUUAUGCUUGGAGCGAAUGUUGAAGGAAGAAAAAUGUCGAAGUGAAUCAGCAGAGACUCAACUACAGAAAGCAGUGAAGGAGAGUACUGCACAGGCUUCUAUCUCCGAGUCGCAACUGAAGUCCAAACAGUUGGAAUUGCUCAAGAAAGAGCUUGAUGAAAAGGAUGAACUUUUGGAGGCCAAGGAGGAACAAGUUGCAGACCUCAAGUCCCGUAUCGAUCAGUCACGCAAGAUGAACGAUGCCUUGCGUGCUCUGAUGGAAAAGGAACCUGAUUCUGAAAAGCAGUCCACCAUUCAAAACACAGAAGCGCAAGUCGAGAUCGUCAGUUACCGCAAAGAGAUUGAAAGUGCCCGCAAAGAAAUGCAAAUCCUGCGAAAUAACUUGGCGCAAGCCGAAAAGAUACGUGAACGCCUACUCAAUGACAACAGAGAGUUACAAGAGGAGCUCAAAUUACGUGAAGACUCAAUCUUUGAUCAGGACGAUGAACUGGAGAAACGGCAUGCUGAAAUCCGGGCGCUCAAAACAGCAAUGGAAACAUUACAGAAGGAGCUGGAACAAACCAAACGUGAUUUGACCUCGGCAAAGACUCGUGACACACCUGGGUCAUCGGGGCGCCUUAGUGCACAGAUUGCACAAAAUGAGAAAAUUCGAGCUGAGCUUCACGAAACCACCAGAGAGUUGAACGAACUGAAACUGAAGUUUGAUGAGUUCAAGCGUGCCUCCGAACUAAACGAAGAACGUCUCUCACAACUCUCCACUGACCACAGCCAAAUGCGUAACGCUUUGCAAGAGAAAGAUUCCAUAAUUAUCGAACUGAAUAGAGCUUUGCAAAAGAGCGCGGAAGAAGUGAGCCAAUGCAAAAUGUUCGGACAAACCUCGCAAAUGGAAAAGGUCACCUUGGAACGACAGCUAACGGAAGUCAAAAAUGCCUUACACACAAAAGAGCAAGAAUUGGCGGCGCUACAAACAAAACUUACUGAGGCGACAGACAGCGUGCGUAGCACAACUGCUGAGCGUUUGGGAAGCUCUCAGGAGAGCGGAAUUGGUGGGGAAAGCCCGAGCAGUCGUGAUGGUACCCUUAGUCGGCGUAGUGCUGAAGUUGAUCGUCUCCGACGUGAAUUGUCCAUGAUGCGGCGGGAGCGUGAUGAUUUGGUUGCUGAGGUGAAGCGACUCCGGACAAAACUGGAGAAGAGGCAUGCUGUUGAAAUGAGUGGAACAAAGGACACAAACGUAAGCGGUCUCGUUGGGUUACCCAGUGGGAAUGCAUAUGUCAAAGCGAUUGCCGCACAACAGAGCACAACUAAAAUCACUCUACUUAACGAACACAUCACUUCACUGAAUCGCACCAUUGUGGAACUAAAACUUCAAAAUGAAUCGUUACAAAACCAAGUUAUCGAUUAUCAGCGACGAUACCGUAGCGUCAAGGAGCAAUACGAGGGUGAGCAAGAGGCUUGGCUAACGGAGCGUGUGGUCUUGGAAUCAAAGGCAAAAGAGCAAGAGGACAGAAAACUAACGAUCGCAAGCACGAGGAAACUACUCCAAGAGAUGACUACAAAGCUCUUUGAGUUGGAAACGUCGUCCGAGAAAAAGUAUCAGGAGUUGCAGGGAGCGUAUGAAAAAUUGGAAAACGAAAAAGCCAGUUUAGAGCUCAAGCUCGCCCAGUUUGAGGAUCAACAGAAGCUUCCAAAAGUCCUUCAGCGUUUCAGCACCAACACUACAGCCUCCAGACCUGGCGGGGUUUUGGCUGCGCAGUCACGCAACUCGGUCGGGGAAAACAAAGAUGUAACCAGACGAAUGGAAAGCGCAGAGAAGAUGGUGGCAAAGUUGCGCGCUGAGAUCGUAAAACUCCAAGGUGCUAGGGAACAGGAACAGUGUGCAGCAUUGAAGGAUGCUGAAAGCGCUCGUCUUGCCGUUGAGCAAGAGUUGGAAGAUCUGCGCGAUCGAAUGGUCACAAUGGAAUGCUACAGGCAACAAGCAGAACUAUUUCGCCAUCGUCAUUUCGAAGUGGAAGAACGGGCCGAAAGGGAAUUCAAAAUUUGGCAAGAGGAACGCGAACAUUUGCUAUAUCGCGCCGAAGAGGCAAGGGCUAACAUCGAACAGUGGUGUUUGCAACUGCAGUACCGAGUGGACAGUGAUACGGAAAAAGCUGAAGAUGUGGUCAACGAAGUGCUCAAACAGAUGGACAAAUGGCGGUCGAGUAAAGGAAAGGUACCCUGUUUGAAGCGUCGAGACAGCAAUGAGUUUGAAGGUAUGAUCGAAUCCCUAUAUUCAUUCGAUGGAGCGGGUGCUUCUUUGGGUCUAGGAAGUGUACCAUCCAGUCCAGCUACCGGAAUUCUCCGAACCGGCCCCGGUCUGGGCUCUUCCAACAUCUCAUCGUUCACUGGAAUUCGAGGACAAGCCCAACGGUCCACAUCAAUGGAAUGGGGCAAUGGACGAUCAGCCCUGGCCUCUGGUGUAGUUUUGCCUGGGCCGCAAGCUACUCAAUAUCGAGAGAGCAGUCUCGGUGUUGGGGGGCAUGUCGGUUCAGGGUAUUACGGUGGUAACCUUCGUGGAAGUGCGAUGAGCUUGGCUAUGGGAACUGGCGUCGGUGGAGGCAGUAACUAUAGUCUAAUGAUGGCCAACCGUUGUGGACGAUCAGUGUCGCCGGAGGUUUCUGUUCGUAAGGUAUCGAAUUAUCCCGACCCAACCCCAGGAUUCCUUGUGCGUCCAACUUCUCGUCAAGGAUCUAAUGACAGUCUUUCGAGCGUCGGGGACUACACGCAGCGUUCGUUUACGCUACCAGGUAAACCUCCUGUUCGAAGCAUAAUUUCACCCGCACGUAAAAAGUUUUUCGAAGAUACCUCUUCCGUACCAGUGACAAUAAGUUCAAGGAUGUCUCAGCCACCGGAUGAGAUACCAAGCUCCGAAGACAGGCAACUAACUUCAGAGAAAUCGCACAUGGAGCCAUUGACAAAGACCCCAGACGACCUAUGUACUUCAGAGAAGCUCUCUUCGAAACCACCGCCAGCUGUGAAGUCCGGAACCCCGGAGAAAACGAAGUCUUCUUUGGCCGACAGAUUUGUCAAAUGGUCUUCAUAUGGAUCUAAGUCAGGUAGCAAAACUUCUCUCAAUGAACUGGGCAAGGAAUCUGGGACCAGUAAAAAGCACAGCAAAAAAUCCGAGGAAGAACGGAAAAAGGUCGCAGCAUCCCCCGAGCGGGCUGCUCACAAGUUGUCUUCUUGUGAGAAAUCUUUCGCCGAGGACACAGAAUCAGGUGGUAAAUAUAUCCGGAGCAAAGUCUGCAGCGUGCCACCGACAUCAGAAAGUUCUAGUAACAGCGGUAUUGGCGGCAGCACCAGUGCAACCACUCAAGCUUCCACUUCAAAGCCCAUCAAAAGAUCUGGUUCUGUAUCCACAAUAUCGCCCGCAAUCAUGGCACUCAGACAAAAGUUUUCUGGUGGCUCAAAAUCCUGAUCAACUUCCGGAUCGACUUACCAAAUGCUCUCGCAGGCGCUUUAGCCCUUAGACAAACACAACCAGGUGUGGUUGUAUACCCCCUUUCAAUAAUGCGCCCUUGUUCUACGUUUGUUUCUCAUUUUUGUUCGUUUCAAUAUUUGAAAUGUAAAUUCGUUCCGGUCGUUUAUUAGUCUUUUUUAUAUAUUCAAAUGCUGAGUUUGACCUUGGGUUACACUCAGUGCACCUGGUGCAAUUUUCUGAAGUAUCCCAUGAAAAUGAAUACACUUCCGAUGAAGCAAAUAUAUCAA